AUGUCAUGGUUAUUCGGCAAGGGAAAGAGCUCGAAUGAACAAACACAGAAACACAGCGAGUUCGAACCGGAUUCACAUAUCAAUGAAAAGCUAGGGUUUGAUCCGCAGCAACUAACGAGCGUAUCCAAUAUAAUUUCGAGUCCCGGUGCUCUGGAUCCUGCAAGACUUCAUCCGUUGGCCGGGUUGGAAAAGGGCGUGGAGUAUCUAGACCUUGAGGAGGAACAGCUUUCCACACUUGAAGGUUCGCAGGGUUUAAUCCCAUCCCGUGGGUGGACCGAUGACCUGUGUUACGGGACCGGUGCAGUCUACCUAGUUGGAUUGGGAAUCGGUGGUUCGUACGGGUUUCUGGAGGGCUUGAGAAAUAUACCACCCAAUAGUCCAGGAAAGCUGCAGUUGAAUACAAUUCUAAAUCACAUCACUAGGAGAGGUCCAUUUUUAGGUAACAACAUGGGUGUCUUGGCAUUAACUUACAAUUUAAUAAACUCGACAAUCGAUAGUUUCAGAGGUAAACACGAUACGCCGGGCUCCAUAGUUGCUGGCGCGCUAACGGGUGCCAUUUUUAAAUCUUCGAAAGGUUUGAAACCAAUGGCAUAUGCAUCGGCUUUAACAGCGGGUACAGCUGCUACAUGGUCCGUGCUCAAGAAAGGUAUACUAGAAUAG